AUGGCAGAGCCAGAGGAGACCUGGGAGGGCAGCUUCGAUCCUCUAGCUGAUCCCGAGGAGCGCCGGGUGCUUUUUGCGACGCUGGAUUCGUUCAGACAAUAUCGCAGAAACGCCCACCAGAAUACCACCCACCGUCGCCGACAGGCCUUCUACGCCCUUCCUUCCGCCCACUGGCAGAUGCUCGCGGACCCCCCCUUCUCCAUACUCGACCACUUUUCACGCGUCGACGACGCUAUUGACACGAAUGCGGAUAUUGCGGAUGCGAUUCUAAGUGUUGGACUGGCUUCGUUUGGUCUUCCCGCGUCUCCUUCCGUUGACGAUCCUCGGACGAAUUGGCACGGUAAGGCGAAUUCCUCGGAUGUGAAUAAGGCGCAUUCUACGAUUAGGCAGUUUUAUCGGGACUGGAGCGCGGAAGGGAAGCGGGAGCGGGAUGUGUGUUACGGACCGGUCCUCAGGGCGUUGCGCGAGGAAUUUGGGGAUAAACAACAGCGAAACCAGGAUGAUGAGGUUAAGGUGCUGGUCCCCGGGGCAGGCCUGGGUCGACUUGUCUUUGACCUCUGUCAGGAAGGGUAUACUGCAGAGGGCAACGAGAUCUCCUACCACCAACUCAUCGCCAGCAACUGGAUUCUGAACCACACGGCCGGACCCCAGCAACACACUCUCCACCCGUUCGCUUUACAUUUCUCCAACCUGCAGUCGCGUGAGCAGCAGCUUCGCCGGAUCCAAAUUCCUGAUGUGCAUCCGGGAAUUGCGAUGAUGGAGGUCGCAAACAACCCGGACCCGAACGUCCAGUUCGGUACCAUGAGCAUGUCUGCUGCCGACUUUGUGAUUCUCUACAAAGGCGAAUCAAAUCGAGAGUCAUUCGACGCUGUCGCGACGGUGUUCUUCAUUGACACGGCGCCAAAUCUUAUCCGCUACAUCGAGGCCAUUCGUAACUGUCUGAAGCCGAACGGUGUUUGGAUCAAUGUUGGUCCAUUACUUUGGCACUUCGGGGAAGGGAAGAACCAUAAUGAACAACAGCCGGAGGGCAUUGCGGAGCCUGGGAAUGUGGAAUUUACGGAAGAAGAAGUGUUUUGCUUGGUGGAGAAUAUGGGAUUUAAGUUGGAAAAGAGAACGGCCCCGGAGGAGAGGGAGAUGUGUGGGUAUAUCCAGGAUCCGGAGAGUAUGUUGCAGAACUUGUAUAGGCCAUCGUAUUGGGUUGCGCGGAAGAAGUAG